CAGCGGCAGCGGGGAAGGCGGGGGUGCCUUCAGGUGUCUGCGACCUCGCCACCUCCCGCCCGGAAGUGCCCGAGGGUCCGCUAUGGAGCUGGCGGAGCCAGGCGCUCGGUAGUGCAGCGGGCAAGGCAGGUGCCAUGGCCCUGAUCGAAGGGGUGGGUGAUGAGGUGACCAUCCUUUUCGCGGUGCUUGCCUGCCUUCUGGUGCUGGCUCUCGCCUGGGUCUCAACACACACUGCCGAGGGCGCUGGCCCACUGCCCCAGCCGUCAGGGACCGCAACACCGACACAGCCCAGCGAAGCCAUGGCGGUCACCGACAGCAUCGGAGGGGAGGCCCCAGGAGCUGAGACCCCCAGCCUGAGACACAGAGGUCAGGCUGCACAGCCAGAACCUGGCGUGGGGCUCCCAGCAACACCGCCACCUCCGGACUCCCCCCAGGAGCCCCUAGUACUUCGACUGAAAUUCCUCAACGAUUCAGAGCAGGUGGCCAGGGCAUGGCCCCAUGACACCAUUGGCUCCCUGAAAAGGACCCAGUUUCCUGGCCGGGAACAGCACGUGCGACUCAUCUACCAAGGGCAACUGUUAGGAGACGACACCCAGACCCUGGGCAGCCUUCACCUCCCUCCCAGCUGUGUUCUCCACUGCCACGUGUCCAGCCGGGUGGGUCCCUCACACCCACCGUGCCCACCGGGCUCAGAGCCAGGCCCCUCCGGGCUGGAAAUAGGCAGCCUGCUGCCACCCCUGCUGCUGCUGCUGCCACUGCUGCUCUGGUACUGCCAGAUCCAGUACCGGCCCUUCUUUCCCCUCACCGCCACUCUGGGUCUGGCCGGCUUCACCCUGCUCCUCAGUCUCCUGGCCUUUGCCAUGUACCGCCCGUAGUGCCUCCACGAGCUCUUGGCAGUGUGGCUGGCCCCUCCGGACCUUGCUCCCCACUACACGGUGGGAGUUGCUGUCUGCCCAGGCCUGCCUCUCCGACCUGCCUCUUCCCGCUACCCUGGAGCCCAGCCCUGCGCCGCAGAGCACUCCAGGGGUCAGCGGAGGCCCCUCCCUGUGACCUCCACAUUGGCUCUGGGCCGCCCCCCGGGGCAGCUGGCCCUCAGCACCCACUAACAGUCGGCUCCUCCGGGUCAGACAGCUGCUGUCGCUGCCUUGGCCCUGGGCAGAGCCGGGCCACGCCCCUGGGCCGUUCUUAGUGUUCUGCCUGAGAAUCCAGCCACCUCUAGUCCCUGACAGCUCCUUGGGCUGAUUUAGGGACUCAAAGACUGUGAGGGGCUGGAGAAGGGGAGCUGGGAGGGGUGCAGGGGGUUCUCUGGAACAUGUGCAGAUUAAAUAACUGUGAAGUUUUCA